AUGGCUCAAGCUGAGGGAGACAGGGCCUUGAGGAAGUUCACGACCAUAACCGAUAGGGUGAGUCAGUUUGAAGCCAGAAUCAAUACCAAUGAGGACACAAAUCCGUCCAUCCACACGAGUAGGGUUCGACUCGAGCAGAUCAGGGCCCUCUGGGACAAGGUGGAAAAGGAAUAUGAGACGUGCUCCGAAGUUGUGGCCAGUCAAACCUGCAAAGACAAAAUAACAGCCAUGCAAUCCAAGUAUGACGACUGUUAUACCGUUUACGAGCGGUGCGCAGCAAGCCUCAAUGAGAUCAUUGCAGAUUCACGCGCACAACAGUCUGUUCAGUCCUCCAAUCUGACGCCGUCUCAGGGCGGAUGUCGCUUACCUCCAGUCGAGUGCGAAGUUUUCAAUGGUGACUAUGUUCAAUGGCCCACAUUUCGGGACCUUUUCUCCGCCAUCUAUAUACGCAAUCCUCGGCUUUCAGAAGUCGAAAAACUGUUCCAUCUCAAUGCGAAGACGAGCGGCGAGGCCAAAUCCAUUGUGGCCUUAUCUCCGUUGACCAAUGAUGGUUUUGAGUCAGCGUGGAGAAACUUGCAGAAUCGGUUCGAGAACAAGAGGCUGCUGGUCAAUAGCCAAUUAAAGAUCUUGUUUAAUUUGCCUUCUGUUGCCCAGGAAUGCGGAAAAUCCUUGAAGCAUUUAGAGAGCACAAUCCAAGGUUGUUUAACGGCCCUGCAAUUAGCAAGAGUCGAGACCACGAAUUGGGAUUGCCUGCUUGUUUUCCUGUGCUCGUCCAAGUUGCCAAAACUAACGUUGGCUCUUUGGGAACAGUCCCUGCUAAGUAAGUCAGAGGUUCCACUCUGGGCUGAAUUCCAGGCCUUCUUAAAAGAUCGUCAUCGAACGCUUGAGGCGAUUGAGGAGUUCAAGCCAAACGCGAGCGUUCAAUCCAGGGCACUGAGGGCUGACAAUAGCUCGCGGUCGAUCCAAACCUUCGAAAACAGAGUUACGGUAAACCCGCAAUCCUGUAAACUCUGUGCACAAGAGAACCAUCCACUCCGUGUAUGUCCUCUAUUCUUGCGAAUGUCAGUCGCAGAUCGAGAGAGACAUGUGAAACAGCAGAAGUUGUGCUUGAACUGCUUCGCAAGAACGCAUCUGCUCCGGGACUGCAACAGCACGCAUAAUUGCUACACCUGCAGUGGACGUCACAAUACUCUCCUGCAUCGAAGCGGCCCUCCGCCAGUCCAUUCAGUGGUUAUGCCUGACCAACAGUCCCAUCCAUCCACAGCAAUCCAGCAACAUAUACAGUCCACUCCAUCGACGGGUCAAGCGAAUGUGCAAACGUUUCUUGCCGUUAACACGCAAGGGGUCCUCCUGAGUACGGCAAUAAUAGAAGUUUGCCAUUUGGGCAUCAAAUACUCAGCACGGGCUCUCAUUGACUCAGGUUCCGAGGCAACCUUUAUCUCAGAACGGUUGUUCAACCUGAUUAAGUUGCCUUAUGAGUCCAUCCAAGCGCAAGUUUCAGGGGUCAACCUUUCCGUUGCAGCUCAGCCCCGUAAGCGUUGUCAAUUCAGACUAGGUUCUCCCGUCAAGCCCCAUAUCCAAAUUGAAACCUGUGCGUAUGUGCUACCACAGUUAGCCGGGAAUCUCCCAUCCUACACUAUACCAGAGGAUUCAUUAAAGGAUCUUCCACCUCUGCAACUAGCAGAUCCAGAUUUCUACCGGAGCUCGCCGAUUGACGUGCUUAUUGGUGCCGAUAUCCUGCCAUCAAUCAUGCUCAGAGGCUCCCAUUCCAAUAUUUGUGGAACACUCCUUGGUCAAGAGACCAUAUUCGGGUGGACUCUUUGCGGUCCUAUUGCAACGAGUCCCAUAAGCAGAAUCUGUUCUUUUUCAGCCCGAUUAGCAGUGACCGAGUCCAAACCAGGCAGCAUCCUCACCAAAUUUGGGGAGGUGGAGGAUGUUCCAGUGAAGUUAGUAAAGGAAUCCACCUCGGUUUGCGAGGAGAACUUUAUCCGAUCCACCAAAAGAAGUGAGGAUGGAAGAUAUGUUGUUUCGUUGCCCUUUAAAGAGCCGGACAAUAUUAAGCUUGGACAUUCCAGACCCAUCGCACUAGCUCAGUACCUCCGAAACGAAAUGCGAUUAAGUAAAGAUCUUCCAUUGAAGGAGCAGUACGACUCAGUCAUUCGAGAGUACUUAGACUUAGGUCAUAUGCACCAAGUCUCCCCUGACGACUCUAGCAGUUUUUAUCUGCCUCAUCACGCUGUCUUCAAACCAGAUAGCACCACGACGAAGGUUCGCGUCGUGUCCAACGCUUCCAAUCCCUCAUCAAACGGGAACAGCCUCAAUGAUAUCCUUCAUGCGGGGCCUGUACUACAGUCCGAUCUGACUAUUCAGAUUCUAAAAUGGCGUUUCUUUAAGUAUGUUUUUAAUGCGGACAUCACAAAGAUGUAUCGGCAAAUCCGGGUCAAUCCUGAUCACACGCGCUUUCAGAGAAUCUUAUUCCGCAACAAAUACGGUGAGCUCUGUGACAAUGAACUCGACACAGUCACCUUCGGCGUAAAUUGUGCGCCCUUCCUGGCCAUCAGAGUGCUUCAGCAGUUGGCUCAGGACAUCCGAGGCCAAUAUCCUUUGGCCAGCGACAUCAUUUCGAAUUUUAUGUACGUGGACGAUGUGCUCGCAGGGGCUCACACUCGGCAGUCGGCAGUUUUAGCCAUUAAAGAGCUUCGGCUGGCUCUCGAGAGUGCCGGUUUUCCACUGCGCAAGUGGACCUCCAACGAAAGAAGACUCCUACAAGCGAUUCCGAGGGAACAUUUGGUCAGUGCAGACUUCCUUGAGCUGGAAGAUGCCAGCACGGCGAAAACUCUCGGGAUCCGUUGGCAAGCUACAUCCGAUAGUUUCUUUUUUGUUCCAAUGGUGAUCCCCCUGCAAACUGCCUACACCAAACGAGAGGUUUUGUCUCAGAUAGCCAAACUUUUCGACCCAGCAGGGUGGUUAUCGCCUUUCGUAGUCCGAGCCAAGAUUUUCAUGCAGGAAAUUUGGCUACGGGAGCUAGGCUGGGAUCAGCCACUCCCCACCGACCUUGUGACCAAGUGGCAAGAGUUUUUGAGAGGGUAUCCAAUCCUGAGGGAAAUUCGUAGUCCGACAUGGAUCCGUGUAUACAAUGGCUCCAACGACCCACCGAAAUCCUCGUCGCUCAUCCGGGAGCAAUGUAUACAGAUGUCGAGUCUGCGGGAGAGUCCACGCUCUGAGGGUUUGCCAACGGUUUCUCCAACUGCCGGCUGUGAAGCGGCUCCGCGCGCCUCGCUCUUCGCGGCCCCGACAAAGGCGCAACCCACCCUCGGAUUCUCGGCCUCAGCGGCAGCCACAGCAGCGCCAGCAGGCGCCUGUAUCCGGACCUCGGCGGCCCGCCACGCCAAUGGAUAUGUCUCCAUCCCGCAGCCGGUUGUGCACGCCUAUCCUGGCGCGCACAAGGGUUAG